GCCACACCAGUAAUCUGAGGCUACUGGAGCGUUUUGGUUGUUUUUUUUUUUCUGUGCGCCUUUGGAAACAACAUGGCAGACGAUGCACCUCCAAAGAGACGCGACGGGAUUGUGAUUGAGGAUAGCUGGCCUGGCUACAGUUUAGACUUGUUCAGUUACCCUGCGCACUACGCCGGGGACUUGGACUGCGUCAUCAUCCCACAUGGAGUGAUCAUGGACAGGACAGAACGUCUGGCCCGGAACAUUAUGGACGACCUCGGUAACCAUGACAUCGUGGUGCUGUGUGUUCUAAAAGGAGGAUACCAGUUCAGCGCAGACCUCGUGGACAGGAUUAAGGCCCUGAGCUGCAAUUCCAACCGCACUAUCCCCAUGAGGGUACACUUUAUCCGGCUGAAAAGCUACCUGAAUGACCAGUCCACGGAGGAUCUGCACAUCGUUGGAGCGGAGGAUCUGUCAUUUCUAACAGGAAAGAACGUUCUGAUUGUCGAGGCCAUAGUAGGCACCGGGAAGACUAUGAAAACACUUUUGAAGCAUGUACAAGCUUUCAAGCCCAACAUGAUCAAAGUGGCGGGACUGCUGGUCAAACGAGUCUCGCAGAACUCAUCAUUCCUUCCUGACUACGUCGGUUUUGAAAUUCCGAAUCGUUUUGUAGUUGGAUACGCCUUAGACUACAAUGAAUAUUUCAGAGAUCUUAAUCACAUCUGCGUCAUCAGUGACAGCGGAAAGUCGAAGUACAAGGUUUAAAGCGGAGAUGCGACGAGCAGAUGGGACUGCCACACAGAUGUCACGUCACAGCCAGGCCUGGACUCGCUUCACAAAAUGCCACUGCCGUACAGCUGCUAUCGAGACAUUUGAUCUCAAAGCAUUUCUGUUUUGAUUUAACAUUCCUUUUGGCUUAUGGUUCAACAAUAGGCAUAGGACUUAAACUGGAAUCUGACUAACUCCGCAACAGGGUUUAUAUUUUUAAAGGGACAAUUUUAGAUUCACGCUUCGGUGUCUAGUUGUAACUCAGGAAAUAUUGUUGUUAUACAGGUCGGUUUUCCACAUUUUCCACUGUAAUACUGUGAAAUACUUCUGUUUACUUGAUACUUUUUUACGCCUUAUCUCACUUAGCUGGUGCGUCUAUCU